UUAUUGUUGUUUACAACCAGCAUAUGCUAUGAAGGAAAUUUCAUGCCAUUAAUUCCGUGCGCUUCUUCCCCGCAGACCCAGGAGAGGCGGAGGAGCCAGCCGGCAGGAGGAAGCAGUCUCAGCUGGUGAACGGCGGGGCGGGCGGGGCGCCGCCAAGAGCCUCCGACGCGCCCUCGAGGCCAGCGGCGAAGCCCUCGGCCGAGGCGUCGCGAGCCGUCUGCACUGAGUGAGUGCCCUGGGAGCGAGUGCCAGCCUUCACGCGGGGAUUGUAUAGUGAAUAGUGAAGUGUGUCGAUGAUGUGCAAGUGGACGCAUCCCAGUGAGGCCUUGUGUUCGGCUGCUUCUGUGUGACCUUUCGGGACGCUUACGAUGGCGGAGGGCGAGGACCCCGCCAACCUGGGAGGAGGAUACCCACGCCCAUACUCGCACGUGAUCCCCGCGACCUCCUACGCCCACGACAUGGCCUCCCACAGACUGUCAGACUCCAGGUUCUUCUUCUCGGAGAGGCGCCUGUCCCAGCUCUUCAACGUGGACGCCUGGACAGAGGAGGGCGAGGAGGGCCAGGCCGACGAUUUCGCCGACGACGAGGACGCCGGCCAUGAUCCGCCCCCCGAGCCCGCCCCCAGGGCCUCCUACUGCCCCCCGUCCCCAGGCACCCCAGGGGACGCGGUGCCGCAAGCGCCCUCUGAUGCGCCCUAUGCGGGGGCGCGGCGCGAGCCCUCCAUCUACUCCACGCUGAGCUCCGGCUGCCACCUGGACCCGAGGUUCUCCGCCGAGGUGGCGCUGGACAUGGCCCGCCUGUCCACCCUGAGCGGGGGGUCGGGCCGCUUCAGUACGGGCCGCCUGGAGGACGAAGACGAGGACGGCUACGGCGGAGGCAACAACGGGGACGUGACGCCCACGCCGGGGUCCCCUGGCUCUUGUCGGGGCUCGCACAGCGUGUCCUCCAGGUACUCGCAGCUGUCCACGCUCACGGACUUCCCUGGCGUCUUCCGGCCACCAGUCGUCGCUGCCGUCCGUGCUGUCGGAGCUGGCGGGCGAGGUGGACGGCGUGGCGGAGCUGCUCACGGACGAGGACGAGACGAUGGGUCCGGGGCCCAUGGUGUGGGGCGGCGACGAGGUCGUCAACUG